AUGAACACCACCGGUACGGACCUGGUCAUCUUCCUUGACCGAUCCGGGAGUGUGGGCCACGCGGGCUUCGAGACAGAGCUGACGUUCGUGGACAGGUUCGUCAGUCACUUCGACGUGAUGGCCAAUGCCACGAGAGUCGCGAUCGUCUCAUUCAGUGACACGGCUGUCGUGCAUGCCGACUUCCUCAAGGAGCCUGCAAACAAGUGUCAGCUAUCGAGGCUCAGGCAAAGCGCAGCCAACGUAGCCGACUAUCAUGGCACCAACACGGGUGCCGGCCUGCAAGACGUUCGAAAAAUAUUCCACACCAGCCGGGAGCACGCGGCCAAGGUUCUCGUCUUAGUGACAGAUGGCCUUCCGACAGUGGGUCCAGAUCCGGUGACAGAGGCGAACCACCUAAAGGAUGCUGGAGUCGAGAUCUUCGUAUUCGCCAUUGGAACAAGCAUCAUGAGGCGAGCCCUCGCAGAUAUUGCGUCGUCCCCAGACCACCUGUUCGAAUGUGAAACCGUCAUGGAGUUCCUUAGAAGCUUCGACCCGGAUGGCGCCACACGACGAUGGACCACGUGGGACAGCCCACGGAACUGCGAAGGUCUCUGCAAGAGCCCGUACCGCGGCCAAGAGGACGACCCGGGUUGCUGCAAAAAGAACGCUGUGUGUGGCUGCGACCUAGCAACGGGAGCUAGUGCCUGUCUCUGUGGACCUGGUUUCUACGAGAACGGUCUUCAUGGGCAGUGCACGCCGCUCUCCUGCCCUCUCCUCCAGGCUCCCGAGCACGGCUACCUGGAGGAGAAACGCGACACCUCGUACAUGGGCGAAUGCUUACUCGUGUGCCACGAAGGGUACAGAUUGCAGAGUGGCGAGUAUGACACCGACAUCAGGACCUGCCAGGGCGACGGCACUUGGAGUGGAAACACGACCGCGUGUUUAGUGAAGACCUGUGACACGUUUCCUGCGCCAGAAAACGGCGGCUACACCGGCUGCAAGGCACCCUGGGAGCUGAACGACACCUGUUUAAUCCACUGCGAGAAAGGCUUCAAUCUCAAGGGUCGUCGUUCCAGGACCUGCAAAGAUGGCGGCUGGUCUGGUGACGAUGUCGUCUGCGAACGUGAGCGUUUCCAUCAAGGACGUUCGCGCCGUGAGGUGCGGUAUUACUUUUGUCGAAAGUGCAUUGUUCGGUGA